AUGGCAGAGAUGAAAGAACAUGGCUUGAACAGCGAUGAUACUGUAGUACUCUACAACAUGGGAGAUGGCUCGCCGAGCGCGCCUGUCGGACAAGAGUCGUCGGACGACGAUGUCGACCGGCCAAAGCUUCCCGUCCACAUCUUUCCGGAAUCCGUCCAUGUGGUACUACCCGUCCUCUCCAACCAAUCCUCUAUACCGACCGAGCACUACCUCCGCGCGGCCCACAACCACGGCCUGCACAAGCUCGAGUCGCACCCGCGCUCAACCUGGGCCCACCAUAUGCCGUCGGCGCCCCUCCGCUUCUUCUUCUUCGCGGCCGAACGCGACUGGCACCGCGAGGCGCAGUCGUCCGCCCGCACCCUGAUCGCGAGCGCGAACAACAUCCGGGCGCUGGCUGCGAGCAGGCGGUGGAGGGCCUGGCGUGGCGCCGCCGCUGGUGCUCCGCGUCCGCCGCGCGCGGUGUGCGACACGCUCGCCGGGGUGUGGAGGCGAGCGCGAGGACGCGGCGAGGACGGCAGCGCGGCGGGCCCGCGCGGGCUCAGCGCCGCGGCAGCGCGGUUCCUCGAGAGGCUGUGCGACGUAGCGAGCGCGCAGGGGCCGAAGGAGGGCGUGAUGGAGUACGGGCUGGUGAUCCUGAAGGUGUACCGGGAGAGGGUGGAGAAGGCGCUGGGGCGGAGGUGUCGCUGGAGCUGCCUUCCGCGCGGCGCGGCGUGGCAUGACCAGAGUGAGGACUGCCAGUUAUCAGGAAGUGCGGUCACGCUGCGCGAGGACGUGGUCGGUCCGGUUCGACUCAGGCGGGGCGCUGGGCCUGAGGCCUGA